CGCCGCGAAAAAAACACUUUUUUAACAGUCAGUCGCGUCUGUCCGCCUGUCCUUGACACACUCAUCAUCCUCUCGGUCGCCUCAGCUAACGUGCCGAUCGCGUGACUUGUGUUUGAAAAAUUCGAUAUUUUUUCGAUAGCUACAAAUUAACUCGUUUAUUACUGAGUAUAAUUAAUUAAAUACACGUGAUUUCCAAACGUAAUAUAUAGGGCAAUCAUUGGUUGUCUACAAACAAUGCACCUAUCCGAGUCCAUGCGCAACCGGGAUGGGUUUUUAAAGGCAGAUGUGCUAGCAGAACGGACGCUUGAUAGUCUGUUAGCCGAGCACCCGGGUGAACUGGUCCGCACGGGCUGUCCACAUGUAGUAUGUACUGUAUUGCCCACACACUGGAGGUCCAAUAAAACGCUUCCAGUAGCCUUUAAGGUAGUAGCUUUGGGUGAAAUACCAGAUGGUACACCAGUCACUAUUCGUGCUGGAAACGAUGAAAAUUUUUGUGCAGAGCUUCGAAAUUGUACGGCCUUAAUGAAAAACCAAGUGGCCAAGUUUAACGAUUUGCGAUUUGUCGGCAGAAGUGGUAGAGGCAAAAGUUUCACACUUACAAUAAUGUUAAAUUCCUGCCCACCACAAGUUGCAACAUACUCAAAAGCAAUUAAAGUAACAGUUGAUGGUCCCAGAGAGCCUAGAUCAAAAACCAGCCUAUUAUUCAAUUCAUUUACAGGGAAUCAAGGAUUUCAUCCUUUCCAUUUUGGACCUAGACCAUUUCCCUUUAACACACCAUUAGACCCGAAUAGAAUAGCUGAACUACCAUUAAAAUUAUCAGGACUUGCUCACUCGUGGGGUUCAUCGCUUUCCAGGGCUUUGCCACCGACCGCAUACCCACCGUAUUUGGCAAACAAUUGCGGUCCAUCAACAUUUCAACACUCGAACUUCACCAACAUUUUCCCUUACAACGGGACCACCAACACCACAGUUAACACCGAAGGGAUUCACCCACAGCGGCCAGCGAUUAACUCAGAACCUGUAAGGGCAGAUACUUUGGGUCCAAUCAGUGUUAAUGUGAACUCUGAAGUUUCUGUUAAAAGUCAUAGAACAGGUAUAAGAGGUCAUAGAGGUCUUUUGACAACAGUCUCAAGCCACAAGAGACAUCAUAGGCGUCAUGCUAGCAGCAGACCAGAUCCGCUUCUUACAGUAAAAAGUAAUGUGGAUCAAACGCCGGCAGAAAUUUCGGAGCCCCCCCCUCCCACAUCAAAUGUUACAAAAAAACAAACGUCUGUUGAUUCAGCUGAUCUUUCAUCUUCUGGACGGCGAACUCCAUCAUCUAUUACUCAACCCGUACCAUUAGCACCAUCUCUUUUCAGCUUAUUUCUCAACGCACCACUUCUUCAGCCACAUACUCAAUGGCUUUACUCACAGCUCUACCCAAACCCAUAUCUCAAUCAUUUGCGAAACACUAUGAUUUUUGACAACGAGUCAACAGCUGCAGCAGUGGCGGCGGCAGCCGCUGUCGUCAAUCAAAACAACAACAACAAUGAAGAAGUAGUUUCUACCGAAAAAAAAUCACCGUCUAAUCUUAUGAACCAAGCGCCCUCUCCCUUCAUCGAGAAUACUAACGACUCGGUAUCAACUAAGACUAAUUUAAAACAAAUGGACGUAUGGAGACCGUACUAAAACCUUUUGUUUUAAAAGCUAAAAAAAAAUUCUGAAUAGUUAUAAUUCUUAUAACCUUGUUAUUUUUUAAUAAUUUUAUGCAUUGGGCAUCAUAAAUAUACAAGGAAUAUAAUGAUGAUUUUUGCUAUUAUGUGAUAAAAUAUACCGUCUAACUUUGUUAAAAACGUCUUUUAGAAAUAUGAAAAACCAUCAAAAUACAUUUUAUUGACUUUGUUUUAUUUCUAAGGUGAAUGAUAACUAAUUUUUACAAUUGUAAAAUUAUUGUUUAAUAUAUUAUAUGUAUAAUCAAGUUUAAAUGUAAUUGUUUUA